AUGGGGAAGUUCGGUGCUUUGGCUGCACUUCUUGCGCUGUCAUUGACCGUAGUUGUCCAUGGCCAUGAGCAUCAUGACGACCUGCCUGAAGGACAGUUUGUCUCUGUUGAACCACUUGACUCGAUUCUAUGGAUUCAUAUACUUUUGAUGACAGUGGCCUUCGGGUUUAUUUUUCCCACUGGGAUGGUUCUCGGCAUCGUUCGCUCCCGUUGGCACGUCCCCGUUCAAAUUCUCGGCACCGUCGUUGCCUUCCUAGCCUACUUCCUCGGACAUAUGCACAAAGGUCGUCGGUUCGCUCCGAAUAUUCACGCCGCGUUUGCAAACUCUUUGAUGCUUAUGCUCAUAAUCCAACUCGUUUUGGGUACAUAUUUGAAAUUACACUUAUCUAAGGGGAUUCAUAGCAAAAUUCGGAAAUAUGUCGUUACUUUGCACGGAGUUAUGGGCAAAAUGAUGCCGCUCGUCAGCUGGAUUCAAAUGAUAUUCGGCGGUAUCACUGCAUUGGGCUUCUGUCAUGAGGACCAUCUUGGACAAUGUCUUGCUCAUUUCAUCAUGGGAAGUGCAUUCAUCGCCUACGGUAUUGUACUUACGAUUCUUCUCCUGGUUGGGCAGGUCUGGCUUCGCAGGACGGGUCGCAGCCAAGAAUUUUUCGAUUCGCUCAUUAUCGCGCUUUGGGGCUGUGUUAAUACCUUUACGGAGCAUCGCUGGGGCCAACCGUGGAGACAUAAUGACAUGCAACAUACGUCUAUGGGAAUAAUUUGGUGGUGUGCUGGCCUGUUGGGUCUCUGGCUGAGCAGAAGACGGAACGGAAGACCAAGACGAAAUAUUUUCCCAGGAAUCGUCAUACUUCUUACUGGGUAUGCGAUGUCCUCUCAUCCCCAGCACUUGCCCAUUAGCGCGAUGGUCCAUAGUAUCUUUGGAUACACUUUGAUGGCCGCUGGCGCAGUACGAAUUGUGGAGAUCUGCUUUGUAUUGAAGGAUCGAAGUGCUCUCAGUUAUGACGGAACUGAAGCGAGCAGCUUCCAAUACCUUACUCCAUUUUUACUUUACGCUUCCGGUCUCCUUUUUAUGGGGGCAACGGAAGAGCAGAUGGAACUCUUAUCGGGUGCAGGAAUCGAUCACGUCUCGUACAUUUUAGUACUUUAUAGCGUCGCAUGCAUCAUGUUUCUAUUCGUCAACAUCCUUCUUCACAUCUAUGGUGUUCAUGCGUUCCCCGAAACUGCAAAAGACAAUAGAAGUGCUAGAAUGGCGGCGGGAAGACCACUCCAACGACCUCCUCAUUAUCGUGCUUCAACCUCCUUUGCUUUGGAUCGAUUUCAACUUGAGUCCCAACAAGUCAAUGGACACGCUAGGGGGCCUUCUCAGGCAGAGCAAAUUAGGGAUGCACAGGAGUUCGAGCUUGAGGGGUUAAUUGGAGCUAUUGAUAGGGAUCGUGACGGGGAAGACAGCCCUACCACCCAAGGCCCUCCUGUCCCCCCCAAACCAGAGGUUUAA